ACGUAUCUUUGCACAGGAACUUUUGAGGCACUUAGAGAGAGAAAUGGAUGGUCAUGCUGGUGGUGGUGGUGGAGGUACAUCAUCUUUGAUGGGGUUUGGAGAAAAUAAUAGCCUCAAUCGAAGCAGUAAUGGUGAUAAUAAUAACAGCAUUGGAUCGCUGUGUCUUCCUCCUCCUGUUAUAUACAACAAUACCCUGAUUUUUUCCACUCAGGAUCAUCAUCAUCACCAUAACAACUGUGGCACUUCAGCUUCUGCUAUGAUGCUUGAAGACAACAACAAUAGCAACAUCAACGAUGGAGGCGGCUUAGGCUUCAUCUCCUCAUCAUCGUCAUGUUCUUCGUCUGUUAAAGCGAAGAUCAUGUCUCAUCCUCAUUACCCUCGUCUAUUGUCAGCUUAUCUCAAUUGUCAAAAGAUAGGAGCACCACCUGAAGUAGUGGAACGACUAGAAGAAGCCUGCCGAGCAUCGGUGAUGAUGGCUGGUCGUGCCAGCACCGGUGGUGGUGGUGGAGGUAUGAACACAACCAUUGUCGGACAAGAUCCGGCUCUUGAUCAGUUCAUGGAAGCUUACUGUGAGAUGCUCAUUAAAUAUGAACAAGAACUCUCAAAACCCUUCAAGGAAGCCAUGCUUUUUCUCUCAAGAAUCGAGUCCCAGUUCAAGGCUAUCUCUUUUUCCACCUCAGAUUCUGCUUGUGGUGAGGGAGGCAUGGAUAGAAACGUUUCAUCUGAAGAAGAGGUGGAUGUCGACGUUAAUAACAAUAUGGUUGAUCCUCAAGCUGAAGACCGGGAACUGAAAGGUCAGUUACUCCGCAAGUACAGCGGGUAUUUAGGAAGUCUGAAGCAGGAGUUCAUGAAGAAGAGAAAGAAAGGGAAGUUGCCUAAAGAAGCUCGCCAACAGUUGCUUGACUGGUGGACCAGACAUUACAAAUGGCCAUACCCUUCGGAAGCUCAGAAGUUGGCACUAGCUGAAUCCACAGGGCUAGAUCAGAAGCAGAUAAACAACUGGUUCAUAAACCAGAGGAAGCGACACUGGAAGCCAUCUGAAGAUAUGCAGUUUGUGGUAAUGGAUGCUGCUCAUCCUCACUAUUUCAUGGACAAUAUCUUUGGGAACCCAUAUCCCAUGGACGUAUCUCUUCUCUAA